CACUCUCCCGACGCUGCUCGCAUCACAUCGGGUCACACCGACUCAAGGAACCGGGUGCAAGGCUUCUCUCUGUGAAGCACAUCAGCGGUGCCUCUCCUCCUCCUCCUUCUCCUCCUCUUCCUCCUCUGCUCCCCCGUAGCAGCAGCCAUGCCGGUGUGACUACUUCAAGUUUUUCCUCUACUACUGAGCAGAUUCCCCCCCCCAACUCUCCCCUCCCGCAGUGUUCAGCGGCAGCCGUCCUCCUGAAGACCCGUUAGUCGAGCUGGUCGCGUUAGGCGCAUCAUGGAAGUUAGUUCACCGUGAGACUCAACACUGGUGGCGCUGGCGAAGGCUUUUAUAAGGUUGCUGUUUGAAGCUCGCGGGCGAUUCGGUAGGAAAACCAAGUCGAAGGAGACUGAAAGUGUGCAGAAUUGUCCUCCAGGACCGAGUGGCAGAAGUAUCGACAGACGACAGCCGUUAUCCGCUCCUCUAUACAGGUGGAGAGAGAGACAGAGCGAGAGAAUUGGACCGGGCAUUCGAACCUGAACGGUAUUAGCUGAUUAGAAAUUUCCUUUCUGGACUGUUCGGCAUCUGCUGAGGUUGUUUGAGGCAACAAACCGUCUCCUACUUGGAACUGAAACCUCUCAUCGUGCCUGAAAAUACUUUUUUUCGGACGCCGGCUCGAGCACUUUUGCCCCUCUGCUUGCGCCCCGUGCUGCUGUUUGGCGCUCUGCUCGCGGGAGACGACUCGAGCCCCGACGCCGCGUGCGGACCACUGCCCCGGAGCGGAACGCGUGUACGACCCGAGAGCGCAACAUGUCUGGAGCGCGUGGGGCAGAUGCCGUCCACCUCACCUGCUUCUUCCGGACACCAAGCGGGGACCAUGCCGGCGGACAGAUGUGGCGCCUCACGUGGAUUGUAUUUGUUUCCCUGUUUAUUUACGGCACAUCAGCACAAGACGACGUCCCUCCCUACUUCAAGACAGAGCCGGUGCGCUCCCAGCUGCACCUGGAGCGCAACAGGCUGGUGCUCACCUGCAUGGCGGAGGGCAGCUGGCCCCUGGAGUUCAAGUGGAUCCACAACGGCACCGAGCUCACCCGCUUCUCACUGGAAUACAGGUGA